AUGUUGCAUCUCAGGGCCCUUCUCAAUGUGGGUUUAGCUUUAGUGUUUGUAUUAUUUUUCUGCGAAUAUCUCAUAUAUUACGUGGUGCUUAUACAGUGCCAAUGGCCCACUGUGGACCCUCAAAAGGAAGACUCCACUUUACAUGGUGAAGCAGCAGACAAACCUGUCAAAGCUAUGUUUAUAGCAGAUACCCAUUUAUUAGGUUCCAAACAAGGCCAUUGGUUUGAUAAACUUCGAAGAGAAUGGCAGAUGUACAGAGCAUUCCAAACAAUGAUGACAUUACACCGAAUGGACGUAGUUUUCGUAUUAGGAGAUGUUUUCGAUGAGGGCAAAUGGUGCGGCUCCGCAGAGUUCGAGUACUACAUAAAGAGAUUCCAUUCCCUAUUCUACGUGCCUAAAGACACGCGUAUCUAUGUCGUCGCUGGAAAUCAUGAUAUGGGAUUUCAUUAUGCAAUUACGCCGUAUCGUAAUCAGCGUUUCAUUAAUGGCAUGAAAAGCCCGAACGUGCGACGGCUGAGUCUAAGAGACAAUCAUUUCGUGCUGAUCAACAGCAUGGCAUUAGAAGGGGAUGGCUGUUUCUUGUGUCGACCAACCGAAAUCGCAGUGAAUAAAAUGGCUAAGGAUCUGAAAUGUGCGAGAAGAAUCGGCAACGAUUGUUACAAUGCCAGUGCGAUUUCCAGAUACAGCAGGCCCAUAUUACUGCAACAUUAUCCGAUGUAUCGAGAAUCAGAUGAGAUCUGCAACGAAUUGGAUCAGGCUCCCGACGAGUUGAAGGCCAUCAAGUUCCGGGAACGUUGGGAAUGCUUGUCGAAAGAAGCAUCGGAGCAGCUUCUAGAUAUAUUGAAUCCGCGACUGAUCGUCGCCGGUCACACACAUCACGGCUGCAGGAGGAUACAUCGGGAUAACAUUCUGGAAUUCACGAUCUCGUCUUUCAGUUGGCGCAAUAAAGUCAACCCAUCUCUCCUGAUGGGUACUUUCACUCCCAGCAAUUAUUCUGUCUCCAAGUGCUACAUGCCCGUGGAAUCUACUGUGAACGUUAUUUAUACAUGUAGUCUCCUGUGCAUACUGAUAUAUUUGAUUAUAAAAUUCAGGCCGAGGCGGCAUGCAUACUCGCGCUUGAGAAGAUGCCUUGACUAACUUGAUUAACACGUUCGUACGUGAGCGUAUAAUAAUUCUAUAUACAAUGCAGAUCCAUGGAGGGUGUAAUUGUCGAAUUUAGGACAUAUCUGUAUAUACCUUUCGUACACGCUAGCCAUCACGUAUUAUUUACAAUAGUAAUAGUAUAAAACACUUUGUGAUAUAUUGUAAAUUCUAACGAUGUCAAUAUCUCGAUGUACAUAGAAUUCUAUUACGGAGAACUCGAGACACAUUUACUAAAGGAUUUUAUAUAAGUAUCGACGUGUGUUAUAAAAAAAAUGACAAGUCGAAUCUUAGCGGAACUGGGCGCGCGGAAGUUUGCGAUAAUGACAUCCAAAAGUUGAAGAAUGAAAAUAUGUACUUGUACUGAAUGUAAAUAUUUUACAAACUAUAUUAUUAUUCAUUUACUGCGCUUGUUAUAUAAUGAUCGAUUGAGACAGUUGCGAUACUGCAUGUUGUGUUCUUACAUUAAAGAAAACGAUAACACUUUAGACUGGCUCAUUUUAUCGGCUAUAUAAUACUUUCACACAUUGACUGUUACUAAUAUCACAUUACUUGAAUAUUUUUACAGAGUUCCUUGUCCUUCAAAAAGGAUCAUUAUUGAUAUAGCCAACAUUCGUGGAACAGAUCAAUUAUUUUUUCGUGUGUGUGUGUGUGUGUGUGUGUGUAUGUCAAAUUAUAAGUACUUACGGAAGAACUUAAAAAUCAUAAAUAAAAUAGAUUUAUUAUACACUGGUACUCCAUAUUCGUGCCUUUUUCAUGCGUGUAUUUUGUAUACAUUUACGAAUACAAAAAGCUUAUUUCUUCCCAUUAAAAAAAAAAUAGCAAAAAUAAUACAUUUUUUCUUAAAAUAAAAAUA